CUGGGGCCGGAGGGCGCAGCUCGGCGGAGGCCUGGCCAGGCCGGGCCGAGCGCAGCAGGCCGGAGCGCGCCGCGCGCCUGGGAGGGUCUGGGCGCCGCGCCUCCCGCCGCCCCCGCCCGCGCGCUCGCAAGCCCUUCCUCGGCGCUGGGACCCCUGGCGGGCGGCCGGAGGACAUGGCCGGCGACGCCGUGCAGAGUGAGCCUCGCAGCUGGUCUCUGCUGGAGCAGCUGGGUCUGGCUGGGGCUGACCUGGCAGCCCCCGGGGUACAGCAACAGUUGGAGCUAGAGCGAGAGCGACUGAAGCGGGAGAUCCGGAAGGAGCUGAAGCUGAAGGAGGGCGCUGAGAACCUGAGGCGAGCCACCACUGACCUGGGCCGCAGCCUGGCCCCUGUGGAGCUGCUGCUGCGGGGCUCUGCUCGACGCCUAGACUUGCUGCAUCAGCAGCUGCAGGAGCUGCAUGCACAUGUGGUGCUGCCUGACCCUGCAGCGGGGAGCGAUGCUUCCCAAUCCCUUGCAGAGGCCAGCCCUAUCUGCUCGUCCACCAACCUGAGCCGAGUGGCUGGCCUGGAGAAGCAGCUGGCCAUUGAGCUCAAGGUCAAACAGGGGGCAGAAAACAUGAUCCAGACCUAUAGCAAUGGCAGCAGCAAGUACAUGGCCAUUUGUCUGUGGCUCUGCAGACACUUGCACAGAGAUGUUCAGAGAGGUGAGGACGAUGUAGCUCCAGCUGGUUCAAACUGGGCUACGAGUCCUCAGUCCAGUGGAAGUCCAGACUUUGUAGUUGAGAGCACUGAGGCUCAGAGAAUCCCAUGGCCCAUGUCCAUAGGAGAUCCAGAACUGGGAGCCGUAGAGCUACGCAUUGAGGAGCUACGACACCAUUUUCGAGUGGAGCAUGCAGUGGCAGAAGGCGCCAAGAAUGUCCUGCGCCUGCUUAGUGGGGCAAAGGCCCCAGACCGCAAGGCAGUCAGUGAGGCUCAGGAGAAAUUGACUGAGUCCAACCAGAAGCUGGGCUUGCUGCGGGAGUCACUGGAGAGGCGCCUAGGGGAGCUGCCUGCUGAUCACCCCAAGGGGCGGCUGCUUCGGGAGGAGCUCACUGCAGCCUCGUCCUCAGCCUUCAGUGCCAUACUGCCUGGGCCCUUCCCUGCCACUCACUACAGCACCUUGAGCAAGCCCGCACCGCUCACAGGGACCCUGGAAGUACGAGUGGUGGGCUGCAAAAACCUUCCCGAGACCAUCCCCUGGAACCCUCCCUCGGUGGGGGCAUCUGGGACCCCCGAAAGCCGCACUCCGUUCCUGAGUCGCCCCGCUCGGGGCCUUUACAGCCGAAGUGGAAGCCUUAGUGGACGGAGCAGCCUCAGAGGGGAGGCAGAGAAUGCCACUGAGGUCAGCACCGUGCUCAAGCUGGACAACACAGUGGUGGGGCAAACAGCCUGGAAGCCAUGCGGCCCCAAUGCCUGGGACCAGAGCUUUACCCUGGAGCUGGAGAGGGCUCGGGAGCUGGAGCUGGCUGUGUUCUGGCGAGACCAGAGGGGUCUGUGUGCUCUCAAAUUUCUGAAGUUGGAGGACUUCUUGGACAACGAGAGGCAUGAGGUGCAGCUGGACAUGGAACCCCAGGGCUGCCUGGUGGCUGAGGUCACUUUCCGUAACCCCAUCAUUGAGCGGAUCCCUAGGCUCCAAAGGCAGAAAAAAAUCUUCUCCAAGCAGCAAGGGAAGGCAUUUCAGCGAGCCAGACAGAUGAACAUUGAUGUGGCGACUUGGGUGCGGCUGCUCCGUAGACUCAUCCCUAAUGCUGUGGCCACUGGCACCUUCAGUCCCAAUGCAUCUCCAGGUGCUGAGAUCCGGCACACAGGAGACAUAUCCAUGGAGAAAUUGAAUCUCGGUGCUGACUCAGACAGCUCGUCCCAGAAGAGCCCAUCAGGGCUGCCCUCCACCUCAUGCAGCCUGAGUUCUCCAACCCAUGAAUCCACCACAUCUCCAGAGCUGCCGUCAGAGACCCAGGAGACUCCAGGCCCUGGCCUGUGCAGCCCCCUGAGAAAGUCGUCCCUGACACUUGAGGACUUCAAGUUCCUGGCAGUGCUUGGCCGGGGUCACUUUGGAAAGGUGCUGCUGUCUGAAUUCCGCUCCAGUGGGGAGCUCUUUGCCAUCAAAGCCUUGAAGAAAGGUGACAUUGUAGCCCGAGAUGAGGUUGAGAGCCUGAUGUGUGAGAAGCGGAUUUUGGCGGCUGUGACCAGGGCAGGACAUCCCUUCCUGGUGAACCUUUUCGGCUGUUUCCAGACCCCAGAGCACGUCUGCUUUGUGAUGGAGUACUCAGCGGGUGGAGACCUGAUGCUGCACAUUCAUAGCGAUGUGUUCUCAGAGCCUCGGGCUGUCUUCUAUUCGGCCUGUGUGGUGCUGGGACUGCAGUUCCUCCAUGAACACAAGAUUGUCUACAGGGACCUGAAGUUGGACAAUUUGCUCCUGGAUACUGAGGGCUACGUCAAGAUCGCAGACUUUGGCCUCUGCAAGGAGGGGAUGGGCUAUGGGGACCGGACCAGCACAUUCUGCGGAACUCCGGAGUUCCUGGCGCCGGAGGUGCUCACAGACACAUCCUACACACGAGCAGUGGACUGGUGGGGACUGGGCGUGCUGCUCUAUGAGAUGUUGGUUGGAGAGUCUCCGUUCCCUGGGGACGAUGAGGAGGAGGUAUUUGACAGCAUUGUCAAUGAUGAGGUUCGCUAUCCCCGCUUCCUGUCUGCAGAGGCCAUCGGCAUCAUGAGAAGGCUACUGCGGAGGAACCCGGAGCGGAGGCUGGGGUCCACUGAGCGUGACGCGGAAGAUGUGAAAAAGCAGCCUUUCUUCCGGUCUCUGGGCUGGGAUGUCCUGCUGGCCCGUCGCCUGCCUCCACCCUUCGUGCCUACACUUUCAGGGCGCACAGAUGUCAGCAACUUCGAUGAGGAGUUCACUGGGGAGGCCCCCACACUGAGUCCUCCCCGCGAUGCACGGCCCCUCACAGAUGCGGAGCAGGCGGCCUUCCGGGAUUUCGACUUUGUGGCCAGAGGCUACUAGCCCCAAGCCCCUGCCUUGCCCAAGAGUUCCUGAUUUUUUUUUUUUUUAAAAAAAACAAGCCUUUGGGGUUUACUCCAUACAUGCA